UGAGCUGCGUCAGCUUGUGUGCCGACUAGGAGUAAGCCAGAAUGCAAUAAAUGUAGCUUAAUAUUUUACUCGUGGCAUCAAUUUUUGCAAGAAGCAGUGAGUUGUUCAGCAAAGGAGGGAGCUUCUUCUGGUGCGAUGGUUCUGGAGCUGCGUUGUCCCACAACAUGCAUGCAUCCAGGAUUCUUAAUUCCCGUCAACAAACGGCACGGCUACGACCGGCCGUGCCAGCGCGGACCAGGUUGACGGUGCGUAGACCAUGCAGCGGAAAUGGACGUACGCCUCUCCGCGUUGCUGCAAGUAGCAGCCAAGUAGUUAUUAAGGUCUUCGGUGUGGGUGGCGGUGGUUCCAAUGCCGUAAACAAUAUGGUCAAUAGCGAUGUCCAAGGCGUCGAGUUCUGGAUUGCGAAUACAGACGCGCAGGCUCUAGCCACAUCUCCCGUCGACGGUAAGCAUAAGGUCCAAGUGGGGUCCAAGCUGACACGCGGCCUGGGAGCAGGUGGCAACCCGGAGAUUGGUGCGAAAGCUGCCCAAGAAAGUCGUGACGCUAUUGCGGCGGCGCUCCAAAACACGGACAUGGUGUUCGUCACGGCGGGAAUGGGCGGUGGCACUGGAAGCGGCGCCGCCCCAGUUGUGGCGCAAAUUGCGCGUGAAAUGGGUAUCCUCACAGUUGGCAUUGUCACAACCCCAUUCACGUUCGAAGGGCGACAGCGCGCACAACAGGCUCGCAUCGCGCUUGCAAAUCUACGGGCGGCAGUUGAUACACUUAUCGUGAUUCCAAACGACCGCCUGCUCUCAGCUAUGGACACUAACGUGCCCAUCCGGGAUGCAUUCAAGAUCGCCGAUGACGUCCUCCGUCAGGGUGUGAAAGGCAUCAGCGAGAUUAUCACCGUUCCUGGGCUGGUGAACGUCGACUUCGCUGAUGUGCGGACGAUAAUGUCGGGAGCCGGCUCCUCGCUUAUGGGUCAGGGCAUGGGCGUGGGUCCCAACCGCGCCGUGGAAGCAGCCCAGCGCGCCACUUCCUCACCGUUGCUAGAGGUGGGCAUCGACAAGGCUACGGGCGUUGUUUGGAACAUCACUGGCCCGCCCAACCUGUCGCUGUUCGAGGUGACCGAGGCCGCCCAGAUAAUUUAUUCCAUGGUGGAUCCGAAUGUAAACCUCAUUUUCGGCGCCGUCAUCGACAGUACGCUGCCGGACGACACCGUCUCCAUCACGAUAAUUGCCACCGGCUUCGGUCAGUUAGAGCCUGAGCUGGGCGCGCUCAAUGAGACGCGCCGGGUACCGAGGGCGGCAGCCGAUUCGGCCGAGCCUCAGAUGGCAGUGCGGCCUUUUGGCAUGGGACACGGUACAGCCAAUGUCCUUCGGGAAGGGGCUGUGGAAUCCACGCCCAGCGGGGUGGAAAUUCCCGCAUUCCUGCGUCGCCGCCGGCUCCAGGGCAAGUAAGAUUGUCUAGCCAUGUUGUUGGCAAAGGCAGCAUGACGCAGACACUUUGGAGCAUGGUCCGUGUACAUUGGUUAUUAUGUGGUUGGAAUCCUGUGCAUUCGAUGAGGAAUGUGACGUUAGCUGUUACUGUCCAGAUGACAAUAAGGAGGUAGGUAUUCUAAGCUGUCAGCUGUUCGUCUAACGAUAGCACACUAAGCUGUGAGCUGUUUGCAUUUGCGGUUAGCUUAUGUUGCAAGACGCAAAAUGACUUUUUCCAUGAUUACUCUUUCGCAGUGCAUGAACUUCUUCGUUGGUCAUACGUUUUGAGCAUUGGAUGCUGGACUCGACCGCCUUCCAGUUGGCAUGUAUAUACGUGAUGUUGAUGCUGACCGGGGAUUUCAUUUACGCAGGGGGGGCACAAGAUGUAAAACUGAACUGUUGCG